AUGGCGAGCCUCCUACGUGUUGUGGCGGCUAGCUGCUCGGCCCCAGUGUUCAGUGGGGUGUCUUGUGUGAAGCUGCAGAGCGGCCGUGCUAUCAAAUCAUCAUGCCUUCGCUUUUUCAGGACCCAUCAAGCGCUUGGACGAUGUGCCAGUCCAGGUAUUCCAUACAAACAACUGACAGUUGGUGUACCCAAGGAAAUUUUCCAGAGUGAACGUCGUGUGGCGCUUUCUCCUGCUGGGGUCCAGGCGCUCGUCAAACAGGGCUUCAAUGUCGUUGUGGAGUCCGGAGCCGGAGAGCCAUCCAAGUUCCAUGAUGAACAGUACGCCCAAGCUGGAGCAACAAUUAAAGACAUUAAAGAUGUCUUGGCAUCUGAUGUGGUGGUUAAGAUCCGCGCUCCUGCUUUCAACCCUGAUUUGGGUGUCCAUGAGGUGGAGAUGAUGAAGGACGCGGCCACUUUAAUCAGCUUCAUCUACCCGGCUCAGAACCCUGAGCUGAUGGACAUGCUGUCCCAGAAGAAGGCCACCGUCCUGGCUAUGGACCAGGUGCCCAGAGUCACCAUCGCCCAGGGUUAUGAUGCACUGAGCUCGAUGGCAAACAUCGCAGGGUACAAGGCAGUUGUGCUGGCAGCUAACAGCUUUGGUCGCUUUUUCACUGGACAAAUCACAGCAGCUGGGAAAGUGCCACCUGCAAAGGUUCUGAUCAUUGGAGGUGGUGUGGCUGGAUUGGCAGCAGCUGGUACUGCCAGGGCCAUGGGAGCCAUUGUCAGAGGAUUUGAUACCAGAGCUGCAGCUUUGGAGCAGUUUAAAUCUCUGGGUGCAGAGCCACUGGAGGUGGACUUUAAGGAGUCAGGAGAGGGUCAGGGAGGCUACGCCAAGGAAAUGUCAAAGGAGUUCAUAGAGGCAGAGAUGAAGCUGUUUGCCAAACAGUGUCAGGAGGUGGACAUUGUCAUCAGCACUGCUCUUAUCCCUGGUAGGCGAGCACCCAUCCUGAUCACCAAACCGAUGGUAGAGAGCAUGAAAGAUGGGUCAGUGGUGGUGGACUUGGCUGCUGAGGCUGGAGGAAACAUUGAGACCACAGUACCUGGAGAGCUGUCAGUCCACAAGGGAGUGACCCAUAUCGGCUACACAGACCUGCCCAGCCGUUUGCCGACACAGUCCAGCACUCUUUACUCCAACAACAUCACCAAGUUGAUACGGGCCAUCAGCCCCGACAAGGAGAACUUUUACCUCGAUGUCAAGGAAGCGUUUGACUAUGGGACCAUGGACCAUGUUGUCAGAGGAUCGGUUGUCAUGCAGAAUGGAAAGAACCUGUUCCCCGCUCCUCAGCCUAAGAAUGUGCCCACUGCAGCUCCUCCUAAACCCAAGUCUGUCCAGGAGCUGGAGAAGGAGAAGGCUUCCCAAAUCUCUCCCUUCAGGGCUACACUUACCACUGCUGGCGUGUACACUGGAGGCGCUGCCACCCUGCUGGGUCUGGGUCUGUCAGCUCCUAAUGCCGCCUUCACUCAGAUCGUCACCACCUUUGGUCUGGCUGGCAUCGUGGGAUACCACACAGUGUGGGGAGUCACUCCUGCUCUGCACUCUCCACUCAUGUCUGUCACCAACGCUAUCUCAGGUCUGACUGCUGUGGGUGGUCUGUCGCUGAUGGGAGGUGGCUACACCCCAACAACUACUGCUGAGACACUGGCUCUGCUGGCUGCCUUCAUCUCCUCGGUCAACAUUGCUGGUGGUUUCCUGGUGACUAAGAAGAUGUUGGACAUGUUCAAGCGUCCCACUGAUCCUCCAGAGUAUAACUACCUUUAUCUGCUUCCUGGUGGUGUCUUCGUCGGAGGCUACGCUGCUGCUCUGCAGUCUGGAUACAACAUUGAACAGAUGAUGUACUUGGGCUCAGGUCUGUGCUGUGUUGGUGCCCUGGCUGGCCUUUCCAACCAGACCACAGCCCGUCUGGGUAAUGCUUUGGGUAUGAUGGGAGUCAUGGGGGGGAUCGCUGCCACUCUAGGAGCUCUCAAACCAAGUCCUGAGCUCCUGGCACAGAUGAGCGCAGCCAUGGCUGUAGGUGGCACUGCUGGCCUGGCCAUUGCUAAGAGGAUCCAGAUCACUGACUUGCCCCAGCUGGUGGCUGCCUUCCACAGCUUGGUGGGGCUGGCCGCCGUGCUCACCUGUGUGGCCGAAUACAUGAUCGAGUACCCCCACUUCGCCACAGACCCUGCAGCCAACCUCACCAAGAUAGUCGCAUACCUUGGCACCUACAUCGGUGGAAUCACUUUCAGUGGCUCUUUGGUGGCAUAUGGCAAACUGCAAGGUAUCCUGAACAGUUCUCCCCUGAUGCUCCCUGGUCGUCAUGCUCUGAACGCCAGUCUCAUGGCAGCCAGUGUUGGUGGAAUGAUUCCCUACAUGCUCGAUCCCAGUUACACCACAGGCCUCACCUGUCUCGGAUCUGUCUCUGCUCUCUCUGCUCUCAUGGGUGUAACCCUGACAGCAGCUAUUGGAGGCGCAGACAUGCCGGUGGUAAUCACCGUACUGAACAGUUACUCAGGCUGGGCCCUGUGUGCUGAGGGCUUCCUGCUCAACAACAACCUGCUGACCAUCGUGGGAGCGCUCAUUGGAUCGUCUGGAGCCAUUCUGUCAUACAUUAUGUGUGUGGCCAUGAAUCGUUCACUGGCUAAUGUGAUCUUGGGAGGCUACGGCACGUCUUCCACCGGUGGAGGAAAGCCCAUGGAGAUCACAGGGACACACACAGAGGUCAACGUGGAUCAGUCUGUUGACAUGAUUAAAGAGGCCCAGAGCAUAAUCAUCACUCCAGGUUAUGGACUCUGCGCUGCAAAGGCCCAGUACCCCAUCGCUGAGUUGGUGAAGAUCCUUAGAGAUGCUGGCAAGAAAGUCAGGUUUGGUAUUCACCCUGUGGCUGGCCGUAUGCCUGGUCAGCUCAAUGUGCUGUUGGCUGAAGCUGGUGUCCCAUAUGAUAUUGUCCUAGAGAUGGAGGAGCUUAAUGAAGACUUCCCUGAGACGGACCUGACCCUGGUGAUUGGUGCCAAUGACACAGUGAACUCAGCCGCCCAGGAAGAUCCCAACUCUAUCAUUGCUGGUAUGCCUGUCCUGGAGGUCUGGAAGUCGAAGCAGGUGAUUGUGAUGAAACGUUCCCUGGGCGUGGGCUAUGCAGCUGUUGACAACCCCAUCUUCUACAAGCCCAACACUGCGAUGUUGCUAGGCGACGCCAAGAAGACUUGUGAUGCCCUGUUAUCCAAGGUCCGCGAGUCCCAAAGCCAUUAAGGGGGCUCUGGGACCCGUGUGGGACUCCUAGUGGGACCCCCACUAAGAGCACAGAUGGAGCAAGGAAGGUAGAAGACAAUGAGUCAACGUUUUUCCAAAAAUAUCUCAGCAUUAAGAUUCUAUUUGUCCGAUGUGAUCUGUAACCUGCGAAGCAACUGACAGAUCUUCAUGUUAGACACCUAUUGUAAAACAAUCAUAAAUGUAGAUGCAGUAAGAUGUUAGAUAUGUUAAAUUUCACUGAAAAGACUGAAAAGACUGUUUUCUCCCCCUUUUUCUCCAGAGCUUGGUUUUAUUAUAGUAAGUUGAUAUUCCCUUUGAUAGAUCUAUUUGCUCAAAUGCUCAUGUCACACCUUCUUUUUCUAAGUAAAAAGUAAAAAAAGCAGAAUAGUGCAACAUUUUUGUAAAGUUCUUUCAGUUCCAGUUUUAUACUGUAUCGAGAGAUUUUUGUAUCCGGUCUAGUAAUUAUCAUAAACCUAGAAAAUGUCUAUCUGAAAAAGCCAUAGCCAGUUAUUGAAAUCUAGUCAUGCUAUUUGCUUUUUUCUUUUCACUUGAGUGUGUCUUGUGGCCUCCACCUAUGCCUCUAGUGCAGAUAUCACAUGGAUCCAAAAACAGAUCCAAAAAUCCAUUCAAACUUCACCUAUCAAGCAUUUAAUGCAAUAAACCAAAUGCAUCUGACCUUAACGUGUGAGACUACAGCUGUCCUGUAGUGGUAGUAAAGACUGUACCACUCCUACAAACAAACACUCUCAUAGCUCUGAUAGCUGAAUGGAUUUUAUGAUGUUUUUGAACCAGGUGUGUCCCAUCAUCCUGUGUGGUUCUGAUGUUACAGUACAUGUCUAGCCUUUAGCCUUUAUGGUUAAGAAGGUUUUUUGUGUUUUAAGUGAAUGUGGCUCAUCCACUCCAAUAUGUGUCCUCAUUAUUGCUCUAGAGAGAAAUGAAGGAUCUGUGUUUUGUAUAGUAGGGCCAGAUGUUAAGUGCUGUGUAAAGAGUCUAAAGCAACAAUGCCAUUAAUUGGUUUAAUUUGUUGCCACAUUUCAGAAUACAUGAGUUGUUCAACAUUAUUAAGUGUGCAUUUCUAAGUUGAAAUUGUCCUUUUUUCCCCAAUUCCUUUGAUAAAGCCCAAAGUUUGCCAUAAACAUAAACUUGUGCCAACACGUCCCCUUUUGCACUCAAUCUGGAUAGAUUCCACUGCACAAAUAUAGAUUGAUUGAUUGUUUUUUGUAGAACAACUUGAGUAAUUCUUGAAAAACAACUUGAGUAAUUUUUGAAAGAUCACUGACAUAAUGACAGUACUCCCCACUCUACACCUUUCUUCACACAGCUGAGCUAACCAAACUAAAAACACCAGAAACUUAGUCCAUCGAGUUUCAAUUUUUGGUUGGAUUGCUGCCAUCCUGUUAUUACUUCACUUUCUUAGAAUUUUCAUAGUCAUGAUACAGUAGAUGAAUUUGAAAGUUUCCCUGAUACAAGGUUUGAGGAACACUAGGUCAUGAGGUGACAGGACAACUUAGUUAGCACUGAAGAAGUAAGUUAUUAUAGUGUCAUCCUGGGACCGAAUAUAUUGACCAUGACAACUAUCCUACCUCUCCAUAAAAUGACCAAUAACUUUCCAUAGGACCUUCAUCUGACCAAUCAUCUCUGACUGAAUCUACCACAGACCAGUCAUCUACCAUCCACACACCUUAAUUCAACCAGUCAGCUCUCAUAAAUCCUAAACCUGACCAAUUGCCUUCUGUUUUGUGUUCACAUGAUGUUUUUUAACCAUCAGACCUCAGUUUGCUGCUGGCUAGUUUACUGUAUGUUAUGCAAGUGUAGAGCCUCAGAUAUCAUUAGUGCUCAUGAGGGGUUAUUGUUCUAACUGUCAAUUUACACACGCAAAUGCAGUCUUUAGGAACUAUUAGAUUGAGAUGUCUGCUUAAUAUUUCUAGCUUGUUACUAUUUUUUGUACGGUAUAGGUAUUGAUCAAAUUAAGGGAGAUGGAAAAAUCUUAAAAUUUUUACCAUGGCCAAUAUGCCCCCCGUUUUCAUUACCCUUUUUUCUUCUUCUUAAGAAGAGUAUUUUUGUAAAGAGGCUAUUUGUGCAGAGAAACAAUGGGGUUUGUGUAUGUUCAUUAUGCAUUGUAUGUUUCAAUGCACUAUGUAGGGAGGUGAAAUGAUGAAAUGUACUGUGAAAGUUUUUCCCCUCUUGUUUAUCAUGGAACAUUUUCAUCCCUAAUAAACCUGUAUUUACACUAGA